AUCUCAGCGGGCUCCUUCAAGGCGGUCUACAGAGGACUUCUCAAGGUCUUGAUUGAGGGAGACGGGGCCAGGAGGGUGCCAGUGGCCGUGCUCAAGAUCAGGUCGACAGGCAAUGGGGAAGAAUUGCAAGGUCUGCAUCGAGUUGGACGUCAUCCUCGACUCGUCAAGGUCAUGGGGCUAUGCGAAGGGCCGGGCUUCAUGUUACUUCCGAUGGAGCUUGCCGAGCGCGGAUCACUGAAAGACGCCUUGGGCCGGCUGGAGGGUCAGGUGUCGCUGCAGCACAAGCUGGUUAUGAUGCAGCAGAUCGCACAGGGGAUGGGGCAUCUGGCAGAAAACGGUAUAGUCCACAGGAAGCUGGGAGCGCACAAUGUGCUCCUGUUCGGCUUUGACCCGAACGAUGUGCGG